AUUUUCAAAGUAAAUAUCACUCAUCAAACAAAGAAAAACCAUGUCCCGUCAAAAUCCUGAAAAAGAAGAGGGCGGCAGUGCUCCACCCUACAGCUGGUAUGAUAAUUCUAUGCGUGCUCCACCACCUACAUACGAGGAGAGCCAACGUAACGGUGGAGCAUUUAAUCAUCAGCAAGCACCGGCUCCACACCCAGCGGCGACAGCGAAUAAUCCGAAUCAAUAUUAUGGCAUGAUUUAUCACAAUCCGCAGGUGCCAGUGCAUGUCCAAAUGCAGGGAGGCUACAAUAGCCCAACAGUAAUGCAUCACGGAGUUGGUUAUGGGUUGGCCGGACCUAGUACUUCAGCUGGAGCAGCUGCGUCACGAGUAUUACAACUGGACCCGCGUGCCGAAAUAAGAACCACGUCUACCGGAGCUGUCAGUGUACCACCACCUCCCCCGGGAUGCUUGCCAACGCCAGCCCAGUUAGCCGCCAUGCAGGGUCAACCUGUCACGGUGAAGCAAAAUAAACGUUCCUUUUUCUAGAUGAAACGGGAAACCAAAGAAACUUGUUGAUCGAAUAAUGUAUUAAUAUUUUCUCACGUUAAGCUCCUCUGCAAAUAUAUAAAAAAUUAAAAUUGUUAGAUUUA